GAUGGGUUGAGAAAGGAAGGUAGAGGCAGAGUCCCCAUCGAAGGUAUAAAUAAUGAAGGACAUGAAGUGUUUAAGUUCACAACGCUUUCAUUCUAUAAGCCGCCAUGGUUGUUCUAUCUCAGCCAGCGUUGGAUUUGGAGAAAUAUUCUCUUCUCCGAUCAACGGGCAAACCCGCCGCCUCCGCAGCCGAUAUUCCGGAAAUUGACCUUUCAGACCCCAACGCUAAGUCCCACGUCGUCAAAGCCUGCGAAGAAUUCGGGUUCUUCAAGCUGGUAAACCACCGGGUUCCCGUCGAGUUGAUGACCAAACUCGAAGAUGAAUCCCUCUGUUUUUUCAAGCUUUCUCAGUCCGAGAAAGAUAAAGCUCGCCCGCCUGACCCUUUGGGCUAUGGCUCCAAAAAUAUCGGCUCUAAUGGCGAUAAGGGCUGGAUCGAAUAUCUCCUUCUCAACGCUAAUCCUCUCCCCCUUUUCUCCCAACAGUCCGAUUCUUUCCUCUCGGCGGCGGCGGAGUAUGUGACGGCGGUGAAGAAAUUGAGCGGCGAAGUGGUGGAAUUAAUAACAGAAGGAUUAAAAAUCGAGCCAAAAAAUGCGAUAAGCAGGCUUAUAAACGACGAGAAAGCUGAUUGUUAUUUCAGAGUGAACCAUUACCCGCCAUGUCCGGAAAUGCAAGCUGUUAGUGGACGAAACAUGAUCGGAUUCGGGGAACAUACAGACCCACAAAUCAUAUCACUGUUAAGAUCAAACAACUCAACCGGCUUGCAAAUCUGCCGGAGAGACGGCGUGUGGGUCUCAGUGCCGCCAGAUACGACGGCGUUCUUUGUCAAUGUCGGCGAUGCGCUGCAGGUGAUGACCAACGGGAGAUUCAAAAGCGUGAAGCACAAAGUGGUGGCGGAUUCCAGCAAAGAGAGGGUUUCGAUGAUUUACUUUGGGGGGCCGCCGUUGAGUGAAAAGAUUCGGCCAUUGUCGCAGGUUUUAGCAGAGGGGGAAGAAAGCUUGUACAAGGAAUUCACCUGGUGGGAAUACAAAACGGCGGCGUUUAAGACCAGAUUGGCUGAUUACAGGCUCGGUGCGUUUGAAAAGAGUCAAAAGUCUACGUUUUAAACUUGUUUCGUUGACCCAACUUUAUAAUUCUGUUCCAUAAAUGGUAACUCGAGCUUUUUUUCUUGUUGACGAAGGAACUAUUCGAUGACGUUCUGGUCGGUAGUUUUAUUAUUUAUAUAAUCCAACCUCUAUUAAUAAAAUACGUAUUAAUUAUUAUU